AUGUUGGGAGAGAAGAAAGCUCUAAGUGGGUUUGGGACAGAGUCGGGGACCCAGGCUGGGCGCAGACCACCAGCCUUCCGGAGCCCGGGGGCCCAGGCACCGAGGAGAGCCCGAAAAAGAACAGAAGGCGGAGCCAGCUCCAAUGUCUUCUCCAUGUUUGAUCAGAACCAGAUCCAGGAGUUUAAAGAGGCCUUCACCAUCAUGGACCAGAACCGGGAUGGCUUCAUUGACAAGGAGGACCUGAGGGACACCUUUGCUGCCCUGGGCGUCUCCCUCUCCUCCCCAGGCCGCAUCAAUGUGAAGAAUGAGGAGCUGGAGGCCAUGGUGAAGGAGGCCCCUGGGCCCAUCAACUUCACGGUCUUCCUGACCAUGUUUGGGGAGAAGCUGAAGGGCACGGACCCAGAGGAGACCAUUCUCCAUGCCUUCAAGGUGUUCGACACUGAAGGGAAAGGUUUCAUCAAGGCGGAUUUCAUCAAAGAGAAGCUCAUGACGCAGGCAGACCGGUUCAGUGAGGAGGAGAUCAAGCAGAUGUUUGCAGCUUUCCCGCCAGAUGUGUGUGGCAACCUGGACUACAGGAACCUAUGCUAUGUCAUCACGCACGGCGAAGAGAAAGACUAGAAGGCGAUCGCGGACCUCCCCCAGAGUCAGAGGCUG